AUGCGGCUGCUUUUCGAGGCAGCAGUUCUGUGCCUGACCCUGGGCUUAGGGCAAUGCACCGAGGAAACAACACAGGAGAACACCGUCCACCAAGCUCCCCAGGCAGAGUCAUUCUAUUCAGACUGGGGCGUCGGGGCCAUCCGGGAUGGCUUCGAAACAGUUAACAGCUACUUUGACUCCUUCUUGGAACUGCUUGGCGGAAAAAAUGGCGUUUGUCAGUACAGAUGUCGAUAUGGGAAGGCUCCAAUGCCACGACCUCACUACAAACCCCAAGAACCCAAUGGCUGUAGCUCCUAUUUUCUGGGGCUCAAGGUACCCGAAAGUCUAGAUUUGGGCAUCCCUGCCAUGACCAAGUGCUGUAACCAGCUAGAUGUUUGUUAUGACACCUGCGGGGCCAACAAAUACCGCUGUGACGCCAAGUUCCGCUGGUGCCUCCACUCCAUCUGCUCCGACCUCAAGCGCAGCCUCGGGUUCGUCUCCAAGGUGGAAGCUUGUGAAUCUGUCGCAGACACAGUGUUCAAUGCCGUCUGGACCCUGGGCUGCCGGCCCUUCAUGAACAGCCAAAGGAGUGCCUGCAUUUGCAAUGAGGAAGAACGAGAUGAAUUGUGA